CCCAUUAGACUCCCAAAGGUUCCUGUCUGGAGUCAGUGAAGAUUGCCAUUGAUACUGGUUACCGCCAUAUCGACGGUGCCUUUGUCUACUACAAUGAGCAUGAAGUGGGACAAGCCAUCCGGGAGAAGAUUGCUGAAGGAAGGAUCAAGCGAGAAGACAUUUUUUACUGUGGCAAGCUGUGGAGUACCUGCCACCCCCCAGAACUGGUGCGCCCCACGCUGGAGAAAACCCUGAAGAUCCUGCAGCUGGACUACGUUGACCUCUACAUUAUUGAGCUGCCAAUGGCUUUCAAGCCUGGAGAUGCAAUCUACCCAAAAGAUGAAAAUGGAAAAAUUAUCUACCAUGAGACAGACUUAUGUGCCACUUGGGAGGCUAUGGAAGCAUGUAAAGAUGCAGGCUUGGCAAAGUCUAUUGGAGUAUCUAAUUUCAACCGCAGGCAGCUGGAGAUGAUCCUGAACAAGCCAGGACUUAAAUACAAACCUGUCAGCAACCAGGUUGAAUGCCAUCCCUACUUCACCCAACCCAAACUCUUAGAAUAUUGCAGACAACACGACAUUGUUAUUGUUGGGUACAGCCCCUUGGGAACCUCAAGGGAUGAAACAUGGGUAAAUGUGUCCUCCCCUCCUUUACUGAAGGACUCUGUGCUGAAUGCCAUUGGCAAAAAGUACAACAAGACAGCUGCACAGGUUGCUUUGCGUUUCAACAUCCAGCGAGGGGUGGUGGUCAUCCCAAAAAGUUUCAACCCACAACGCAUCAGAGAGAAUUUUCAGAUCUUUGACUUCUCCCUCACCGAGAAAGAGAUGAAAGAAAUUGAAGCCCUGAACAAAAACGUUCGUUAUGUGGAACUGUUAAUGUGGCGUGACCAUCCAGAGUAUCCCUUCAACGACGAAUACUGAAAACAAGGUGUGUCCAGGCAGGUUCCUAACUCAGUGCCAUCAGGCUUCACUGAAAGAGAUCCAACAUUUGGUGCUUUGACUUCAUGGGAGACUGUUCAAAUCAGCAUUAAAAACAUGACGUUUACUUCCUCUUGUCUU